UUUCUGAUUUUUAAACUUGUGCUUAGAGGUGCGCGCGUGUCAGAUUUUUCAUUCACGAGUACGCGAUGGUGUUUUUUUUAGUGUCAGUUCCACAUCUCCACAUCGAUGAUGUGUGGCCCCCAAUUGAUCAAUGCUAGCAGAUAUGUGGUUGAAUGUGCGUUUUGAGGUUACGGUGCAAGAGUUCUGUGUCAGUCAACGCGAUCAGCCGCGAUCAAUGCUGGCCACAUCCGAAUCCGUGUGUAUGUCGUGUCGCGGGGUGACGAAAUCUUUCUUGACAGCUGGCAACCUCACCUAGUUGGUUUUAGAGCCUGUCAACAUAGCAAGCGACUGAUAAGCUCCAAGUGAAAUUCCCACGUUUUCAAGAAAACUUAAAAAAAAACAUAAUGAACAGCACCCGGCAUCGGCUGAUACGCAGCCUCAACAGGCUAGCAUCCACAUCGGUUACGUCGGCCGCUCCUUCCGGUCCUGCAACGGCAACGACACAAGCCUCCAGCCAAUCCAGCACAAGCACAUCCGGCAAACCAACUCCCAGCAAAAUUCCCAGUUCCAGCUAUGCCACCUCGACCUGUCCUCACAUGAUGGAAGUGGCCGGAGCAACCGGAGAAACCGGUGUUGUCAGCUCCCGGCUUCAGCAUGCAUUCCAACAGACUCCACCGACCAUCAAACUGGAAAAUGCACGGCCGUAUUCGGAGGUUCCGGGCCCAAAACCACUUCCAAUUCUCGGAAACACAUGGCGCGUCUUCCCCAUCAUCGGUCAAUACAAAAUUUCUGAUGUCGCUAUGAUAUCGUUUCUGCUGUAUGAACAUUUCGGAAAAAUCGUACGGCUCGGUGGUUUGAUUGGGCGACCUGAUCUGCUGUUUGUCUACGAUCCGGAUGAAAUAGAAAAGGUCUAUCGAAACGAAGGUCCAACGCCGUUCCGGCCCUCGAUGCCAAGUCUGGUCAAGUACAAGAGCGAACUAAGGAAGGAUUUCUUCGGUGAUCUACCCGGUGUCGUGGGAGUUCACGGUGAACCCUGGCGCGAGUUUCGUUCCCGAGUCCAAAAACCGGUGCUGCAGCUAUCGACCGUCCGCCGCUACGUAGCUCCUCUGGAACAAGUAACGGAGGAGUUCAUUGACCGAUGUAACCAGCUGUUGGACUCGAAUCAGGAACUUCCGGACGAUUUCGACAACGAAAUUCACAAAUGGUCCCUGGAAUGUAUCGGUCUGGUGGCUUUGGAUACUCGCCUAGGGUGCUUGGAACCCAAUCUGGACCCCAACUCGGAACCUCAACAGAUUAUUAACGCGGCCAAGUAUGCACUUCGGAACGUUGCCACCUUGGAACUGAAGGCUCCUUAUUGGCGGUACUUCCCAACACCUUUAUGGACUAAAUAUGUCAAUAAUAUGGACUAUUUCGUGAAGGUUUGUAUGAAAUACAUCAAGAACGCAACCCAACGGAUGCGGAUGAACGAAGGACGAGCACUGGAUGGAGAGCCUUCUCUGUUAGAACGUGUUAUCAAAAGCGAGAACAGCGACAAACUAGCCGUCGUUAUGGCAUUGGAUUUGAUCCUGGUUGGUAUCGAUACUAUCUCGAUGGCCGUCUGCUCGAUAUUGUAUCAGCUGGCAACACGGCCAGUCGAACAGCAGAAAGUGCAUGAAGAGCUCAAGCGGCUCAUGCCUGAUCCGAAGACCCCUCUCACGAUUCAGCUGCUCGAUCAAGCUCACUACCUUAAGGCGUUCAUCCGAGAGGUUCUUCGAGUAUACAGUACGGUUAUAGGGAAUGGUCGAACCCUCCAGGAGGACACCGUUAUCUGCGGUUACCGAAUUCCAAAAGGGGUCCAAUGCGUCUUCCCGAGCCUGGUGACGGGCACGAUGGAGGAAUACGUCACCGAUGCCAAGACCUUCAAGCCGGAGCGUUGGCUCAAGGCCAAUCAGGGCGGCACCGGAGACAAGCUGCACCCGUUCGCUUCGCUGCCGUAUGGUUACGGAGCCCGGAUGUGUCUGGGGCGUCGCUUUGCCGAUUUGGAGAUGCAAAUACUGCUGGCUAAGCUGCUCCGGUCCUACAAGCUCGAGUACCACCACGACCCGUUGAAGUACGUAGUGACGUUCAUGUACGCGCCCGAGGGAGCUCUGAAGUUCAAAAUGACACCCAGGGAGUGAAAGUCCCGAAGAUUUAUGUGUGCCGAUUUUUUUUUAUUAGGUUUACGAAAAUUGUUAUGUAAAUAAUCUGUACGGUUGUCUUAUAAUCUAAAGUACCUAUUUUAUAAAUAAAGUUUUCUACCCUA